AUGAUUACUAAACAGUUUGCUAGAUUGCUGUUCUCCUUCACAUUCUUCGGAGUGUUCACUGAUCUUCAAGUGGCAAUAUUCUCAGCGUUACCGGGACCGCUAACAAAUCUCUACAAUGAGACUCUCAUCUCACACUACAACAUAGCACUUGGUCCAACGAUGCUGUCUACGAUUUCAACUAUAGUUUCCAUAGCUUCGACUAUUGGUAUGUUAUCUGGUGUUGUUUGGAUUCUACCACUUAUGGACAGUCGUGGAAGGAAAUUCGUGGCCGUCAAUCUGAGAUGUAUUCUUGGUGUUAUAUCAUGCUCAUUGCAAGCACUUGGUGGUUGGUUGCAGAGUGCAGAGUUAUUUAUCGUUGGACAACUGUUCCUUGGAUUGUCAAUUCCAAUUAAACUUAUGGUUGUUGAAGUAUUUGUGACGGAAUGCGCACCGGACAGUCAUAGAGGUUUUGCAUCCGUCGCAUUGCAUGUUGGUGAUCAAUUGGCUAGUUUAUUAGUGUGCGCACUUUUAUAUGUUAGUACAAACGGUGUUCCUGAUUCACCUAAAUGGCUUGCACGCAAGGGUCAACACGAGUCGGCUUCAAAGGUGGUGCAGUUGUACGAUGCAUCAGAUGAAGAUAGUGAAGGAAUAAUAAGGUCGCUGCUUCUUGAAACAAAACUGAUCACCACCGGAAAUAUGGGUAUUACAUCUGCAUGGCACGAUGACACAGUGAGAGAGUCGUUGUCGGUCAGCUGGAUGAGCACCUCAAUAUUAGCACCGUUAAGUUUUCUCAGCACGUUUGCUAUCGAUAAAAUCGGACGUCGACCGAUUGUGUUCUUUGCCGCCGGCAUAAUAUAUCUCAAGAUUCUCCUUAUGUUCACCGCACAGUUACUUGUCGUUCUCAAUCCUCCUUCACUUUUUACAGUAGUAUUAUCAAUAACCAACGAACUGGGCUCAAAUCUGGUCCUUUGCACAGGAGUGACAGCCGUUCCUGCCUUACUUCUCACUGAACUAAUACCACUAGCAGCUCGAGCACCGGUUGCUCAGGUGUUGGUGAUUCUGUCGAUAGUACCGACAUCAAUAAUUACCUCAUUGUUCCCACUAAUAAAUACGUUAUUCUCUCCAACCAUCUACGCUAUCAUGCUGUUUCUUCAGCCGUUUAUUGUCACAUUCCUAAUCAGGCAAAACAUUCUCGAUGAUUUUCCUUUCACUAAAGUAAAGCUGUAUAAAAAUCGCCAGCAGAUUUCAGAAAUUUACCUGAAACGAAACAGCGACCGGUGUACGAAAUUGUUCACGGCUUCGAAGAAGACAUCCGAUCAAGGGUAA